AUGAUUCGUGCCAAUAAUGAACCAUUUUCUAAUUUUAAUUCAAAAUUACGUUUCCGAACAAAAUCAUCAAAACAGUAUGAUAUUUUACCAAAACAUGUGAAAGAUACAGCAUUCAAAUAUGAGAACAACUCUAAAGGAAUACGAUCACCUGCAGGACCACAUCAUUUCUUAUUAUGUAUUGUAAUAUCGGUUGUUGUUUAUACAGUUUUAGCUAUACUUGAAAAAAGUUUACCCGAACCUGUGACAAUAUCUAAUGAACACAAUCAUCCAGACCGAUUUGUUGCUGAAAGAGCCAGAAAUCAUUUAGUUAAAUUAACAUCAAUGGGACCUAGGCCCGUAGGAAGCAAAGAAAAUGAAAUUUUAGCAGUGCAGUUAUUAUUAGAUGAAAUUAAGACAAUUAUUAAACAAGCUGAGUCUGCACACAAAGUUGAAUGGGAUCUACAAAGGGUUAGUGGAGCAUUUUCAUUGCAAUUUCUCGAUGGCAUGACUAAUGUAUACAGGAAUGUUCAAAAUAUUGUUGUUAAAAUUGGUCCUAUUCAAACUUCUCGUCACAGUUUACUGAUUAAUUGCCAUUUCGACUCAGUCGUGGACAGCCCUGGGGCAAGUGAUGAUGGUGCUAGUUGUGCCAUUAUGUUAGAAUUAUUACGUGUAAUAUCACGUCUUAAAAUUCCUUUAAAAAAUAACAUAAUAUUUCUUUUCAAUGGGGCCGAAGAAAAUAUGAUGCAGGCAUCACACGGGUUCAUUACUCAACAUCAGUGGGCUUCUAGUAUACGUGCAUUCAUCAAUAUGGAAGCUUGUGGUGCCGGCGGUAAAGAAAUACUGUUUCAAGUUGGCCCUAAUCAUCCAUGGCUUUUGGAAGCCUAUUCAGAUGCUGUGCCCUAUCCUUUGGCCUCUUCUAUGGCUCAAGAAAUAUUUCAAAGCGGCAUCAUACCAGGCGAUACUGAUUAUAGAAUAUUUCGUGACUUUGGUCGUGUUUCUGGUCUUGAUUUUGCUUGGUCAGCUAAUGGAUAUGUUUACCAUACUAAGUCAGACACAGUUGAUAAAAUUCCUCUUGGUACAUUUCAAAGGACUGGAGAUAAUAUGUUACCUUUAAUUUUGAAACUAGUGAACUCAGUACAAAUAUCAGAUGUUGAAAAGUACAGCACAGGAAAUUUAGUUUUUUUUGAUUUUUUGGGUAUAUUUAUUGUUCAUUGGAGUGAAGUGCUAUCUGAUAUAAUCAAUAUUAGUGUUAUUAUUAUUUCUCUAUUGGUAAUUUUGUACAAUGCUAGUCAUACUUAUGUUACAGGUUUUAAUGUUAAGGAUUAUUUUAAAUCGUGUUUUAAGUGCUCAAGCUUAAUUGUGUUAAUAUGGUUAGCUACUCUAGUCACGAUAGCCAUAUUGUCACUGACUGUUGUGAUGCUUGACCGCUGUUUGAGUUGGUUCGCUCAACCAGCUUGGCUGUUAUUUUUAUAUAUUACACCAACUAUUUUAGUACCAAUGGUUCUAUUAGUUUUAUUUGGUAGAAAAUUCCUAUGGGGUAAAAAAGGAACCCAUUACCCACAGUCCUUAAUGUACUGCAUUUCUCGUGACGGCAAUCAAUUGCUGUUCAUUAUGAUUCUUAUGCUAUGUGUGUUACUUCGUAUCAGGUCAGGAUUUGCAGUUGCCCUCUUUGUUACUUGCAACACAAUCAGUACUGUAUUACACAACGCCAUACUGAAAAAUAACUACGGCUAUAAAGUAUUGUGGUUACAUUGGGGCUGUAUGCUUGUACCAUUCAUGUUGUCUGCUUACAUGAUACAAGCAGCGCUUCUCCUGGUUGUCCCCAUCAUGGGUCGAUCAGGAUCUGGAAAUCAUGCUGAAUCAGUUAUGUCACUCAUAACAUCAGCUAUGUUCACUCUUGUAUUCAGUUUUUAUAAUCCGUUGGUGUUACUACUUCAAAAAGCGUACACUGUGUUUAGUUCGUUAGCAGUUGUGUUAUUAGUUUCAUUUCUAGUUUUAGUAUUUACACCACUCGGAUUUCCGUAUUCUGGCGAUCCUAAUAAUUUGGCACCUCAACGUUUUAUGAUAGCGCAUGUCGAACGCAGUUUUUACAACUACAACGGUUCACUGAGGGACCAUCAAAAUGGAUUGUGGAUUGUAAAUCUGGAUGUGAAUAGUCCACACUCAGUUGUCAGGCAUGCACCUGAGUUGAUGAAUGCCCGUCAAAUUACCCAGGAUGAAUGUAACAAAGAACUAUACUGUGGACUACCAUACUUUAUACCAGUUAUAACAUUUAUAUGGAAAACUCAUUGGCUUGAUACAAAACCAUUAGAUGUUGAAAUACCAUUGAGUCUUAAUUUAACAUAUAGGGAUUACAGACUAAAUAAUGUCCAGAGGCUCUCGUUCUCUGCCAUUGGUCCUGAUCAUAUAACUUUUACGUUAUCUUUAUACGAUGGUAUCAAGCUGAAAGAUUGGAGUUUCAGUAGUGGUGAACCUCUCAAAGGACCACUAUGGAAUGGCCGUCCUACUUUUUUUGUGUAUUAUUCUUGUGCUAACGAUAUUAUUCCAUGGGACUUUUGGAUCGAUAUUGAGGUUCCAAAAACUCAUGUGGGACCUCAAAUUGAAGUUGGAUUAUCCGGGCAUCGAAUGCACGGACCACAUCAAUAUACACCUGAAUUGAAAAAACUUUUUAAUCAGCUCCCACAAUGGACUACUACGACUGGUUGGGCUUCGGCUUAUAAAUCUUACACUUUAUAA